AUGAAUGCAAGGGAGAGCCAGGUGUUGAGGUCGGCCAUUGAGAGCAUUGACAGCAUGCUUGAUGAGAUUGAGUAUGUGGCGAACUUUACGUCUGUAUAUCAUUAUGGCGGGGAUAGGUGGCUCAAGAUGAAUGUUGAAGGGACACUUGUGAUGUACAGAAGAAAGAGCAUGCCAUUUAUUGUUAUCCGUGUGCUGAACAGAAAGAGUCUGGACGACUUUGUGUUUGAGUUCAGUGAAGACACCAAGCUGGGGAUGGGGGAAAGCUUGAUGACGCUGAGCAAUGGAGAUGGAGGAGGGAUAUAUGGGCUUUGGUUCAAGACUAGUGAGUGCCCGAAGGAAAUCAUGAGCCAUUUGAAGAAAGAGCAGUUAAUAGUGGAGCAGAAGCCACUCAACAGGCAUGAUAUAGAAGAAUGA